UUAAUUUUUUCAGCGCUCUGUGGACAGAACAGAGAACGACUUCUGGUUUAACAACUGCAGAAAAGAGCGGGUUUCCAUUAGGGCAACUCUUGGCAUUUCGCCAGCAACAACACUAAAUGUCUACACGUGUCAGUUCUCGAGCUCUGAUUCCGCAAACUUGAUCGGCUAUGCGACCUUGCCUUGGGAACACAGCGAGUCGGAUUUACAACACGGUGUGGCAAUACAUCACGGAACACUGCCGGGAGGAGGGAUGGUUACAUUUAACCUUGGAGAUAAUGCUGUUCACGAGAUCGGCCAUUACUUUGGUCUGUUUCACGUGUGUGAGGGUGGCUGCACAGAAGAUGAAGACGAUGAAGUUGCAGACACCCCACGCUGUGCUGAUUACACGUAUAUCUGCACAGACCAACCAGUGGACACCUGUAAAUUUCAAAGUGGACUGGACCCAAUUCACAAUUACAUGGGCUUCAUGGAGGAUGCCUGUAUGUAUGAAUUCACACCAGGUCAGAUAACUAACAUGGCGCAGCACGUCAAGACCUUUAGACCUACUCUGAUGAAAAACAUCCACAGACCCUGUAAAAUAGACGCCGUCUUCCGCUGGUCAAACGGGUUCGUCUAUUUCUUUUUGGGGUCGAAUUACUACCGCUACAACGAAAGUCGUCAUGUGAUCGACCCAGGCUACCCUCGACCAACCAGUAGCCACUGGAAGGGUGUUCCUUCUUCAAUUGACGGAGUCUUUCGAUACGCCAACGGCUUCACUUACUUCUUCAAGGGAAACCAGUAUUACAGGUUUAAUGACACAUCGCUGAGUGUCGACCCAGGCUACCCUCGGCCCAUAAGUGACUACUGGGAAGGCGUUCCAAAUGAUAUCGAUGACGUCAUCAGUUACUCAAAUGGCUUCGCGUACUUCUUCAAAGGAACACAAUACUACAGGUUCAAUCCGCGUAACGAAAGUGUGGACCCCGGCUAUCCGCGCUCUGUGAGCUCUUAUUGGAAAGGGGUCCCAGGCGACAUGGAAGGUGUUUUACCGUGGCAUAAUGGAGGGGUUUACGUGUUUAAGGAUACCCAGAACUGGUUCUUUUUGCACAGCAGUCAAUCUAUUGGGGUGUCCUCCAGCUAUCCCAAGUCAAUCAUGCAGUGGUGGAGCGAUGAGCUCGAGCUAACUGGUUAUACGGCUUUAAGGCACCUCAACGGCCAGACGUUCUUCUUCAAAGGCGACCACUAUUGGCUCUUUAACGAUUUCUUUCUCCAAGUCGAGGUCGGAUAUCCGCGCGCCUUGGCAGCCUGGGGAGGAGUCCCAGCGGAUGUAGACGCAGCGUUUCUGUGGAGUGAUGGAUACGCGUACUUCUUUAAAGGGAAACUUUACUUCCGGUACGACAGCAGCCAGGAAAGAGUGGAGGAUGGCUAUCCACGUGAAAUAAACUCGUUUUGGAAAGGAAUACCGGAUAGCGUGGAUGCGGUCUUCAGGUAA